UCUGCCGGUAAGGAGCUCAGUGCCGGCAGCCGGGAUGUCAAUUCAUGUCGCGCGCAGGGAGAGAGACAUAGCCGGGCAGAGAGAGAGCGAGAGAGAGAGAGAGAGAGAGAGAGAGAGAGAGAGAGAGCGAGAGAGAGAGAGAGAGACGCUUGUAACGGUACCAACGUGUUUGAUUAGAAAUCAGGAGGAAGUGAGAUUGAGAGUUCAGACUAGUUCCGCUCUGGUUCCACGUUCCCUCCCUGUUCUCCCAUUUCUCUUACAAACAUGUGCGGUAGCUUCAGUAGGCAGGAGGCGCACUGAAGGCUGCCCGAUAUCCAUCCCAAGUCUGCGGGACCUCUCCUCUCCUCUGCUCCCGGGUGUCCGAGCCGCGCUUGGGACGAACCGAACGCUCCGAAAGGACUAACGCGCCGCGGACCGGGACGCCAGCUCCUCUCCGGUUUACGGGUGGACCACAAUAAGAACCCUCGACUCGUACACAGGGGAAACAACCCGCGUCUCGCGCUGUCCCUAAGACCCAGCGGGAGAUUUACGGCGAACACCGGGACGGCCGCGUGUCUGCGGAAGCACUGUGGCGCACAGAUGGUGUUUCUGUGGGACGCAAAAUACGACCCGGCCCCGGGCCGGCGCUACACCCCCCCCUCCACCACCCUGGCCUCGGGGGGAAAGAUGGCCGAGGCCCUGCCUCUGGGCACUCAGGAGGCCGGAGGGGCUUCUCUGGUUGGCAAACUGCGCAUGGCUGACCGCGGCAUGGUGGAGGUGAUUUCAGACCAUCCGGGCGAGCUGGUGAAGACGGACAGUCCCAACUUCCUGUGCUCAGUGCUGCCCACGCACUGGAGGUGCAACAAGACGCUGCCCAUUGCCUUCAAGGUGGUUGCCCUGGGCGACACCCCCGAUGGCACCCUGGUGACGGUGAUGGCCGGGAACGAUGAGAACUACUCGGCGGAGCUUCGCAAUGCCACAGCCGCCCUCAAGAACCAAGUGGCCCGGUUCAACGACCUGCGCUUUGUGGGCCGCAGCGGAAGAGGAAAGAGUUUCACUCUGACAAUCACUGUGUUCACCAACCCUCCUCAGGUGGCCACGUACCAGAGAGCCAUUAAGAUCACAGUGGAUGGUCCAAGAGAGCCCCGGCGUCAUCGUCAGAAGAUAGACGAAGUCAAACCCGGCACCCUGGCUUUCUCCGAGAGGCUAACAGAGCUGGAGCAGCUGAGACGGAGCUCUAUGAGGGGGACGCCUCCUCACCACCAUCACCAUCAACACUCCGCUAACACCCGGCAAGCUGCAGCUCUCAACUCGGCCACCUUCUCCAGUCCGACACACGCUCAGAUCACUGCUGACUCCAGACAGAUGCAGCCGUCUCCGUCAUGGUCCUAUGACCAGUCCUAUCCCUACCUUGGCCAGAUAACCACGCCCAGUGUCCACACAGCCAAUCCGCUUUCGCCUGGCCGCUCGUCGCUCAGUGACUUGUCGUCGCGACUCGCAGGUCCCGACCUCACGGCCUUUGGUGACCACAGGAUGACCUUAGAACGACCUUUCUCCUCCCUUCCCUCCUUGCCUGACUCUCGCUUCUCCGACCCCCGAGUCCACUACCCUCCCACAGCGGCCGCCUUCACCUACACCCCCUCUCACAAUGCCGUCUCUAACGGUGCCCUCGGCAUUACCAUGGCAACAGCCAUGGCCACCACACCGGCAGGGAGGUAUCACACCUACCUGCCUCCGCCCUAUCCGGCAAACACCCCCCACCAGGCUCAAAACGGGCCCUUCCAGUCCACCUCCUCACCGUAUCACUUGUAUUACUCCACCGCCGCCGGCUCGUACCAGUUCUCCAUGAUGGCCGGGGGAGGAGGCAGCAGUGACUCACGCUCCCCGCCGAGGAUCCUGCCACCGUGCACCAACGCAUCCACAGGCUCCUCCCUUCUACACCCCUCUUUGCCAAAUCAGAAUGGAGGAGUGGGGGUGGAGGUGGAGUCCAGCCACAGCAGCUCCCCAACAAAUAUGGUGGCCGCCGAAGCGGUCUGGAGACCUUACUGAUCCCGGAUAGGGAGUGCGAAGCGACCACCUGUUCACGUGCCGGCAGACAGCAGACACUUAACACAUGAACACAUGAAUCAGCACUCUCUAUGUGGUCCUCAGCUCGAGGGCCCUUGAUUACUGCUGGAAAAGUAAACGCGUGAUAAUUAUCGGUUUCUGUUUUUAAAGGUUUCGCUCAUUCACUGUAGUUAUUAUCAAUCGUUAGUCAAACCUACUGAAUUUCUUCAGAACUAUUUUUGGUUGCAGAUCAAUCUACAUUUGGGGCUCUCAUCAUAAUUUGUGGUGCUGGGAAAGUUAAUGUGGGAUUGAGUCACAAUAAACUACAGUGUGUUUCAGCCUGCUGGUUUUAAUGGAACUCUGCGCUUCAAAAGAAGAGCAGACAUCAGCUGUUUGAUACACACACACACACACACACAAGUAAAAUGUCACCUGAAUCAUUUUACUGGUCAUGUCAUAUUUGGAAAAAACAGCACCCAGUAUAAAACAUCAUCACUCACAACAGGAGCUAGAUUAAAGCUUUCUACUGACAAAACAGCGUAGAACAAGCAGAAUGACUCACUGCCACACUGCGGUCAGUGGACCUGGGUCAGAACCUCACUCUCAGGACAGAGCACUGGGGAGAAGAUGUCCCUCGGACUGAUGAACAGAGAGGAAUGGGGUCAAAUUGAAUGCAGCACCACCGGACUGAUCCCGGCCUCCAUUGUAAAAUAGGAAGUCUUUAUCCCUCAUUAAUGUUUGUGGUGCUGUGUAUAGACAGCUGGACUCAUGGCACACAUUCUGACUGCCUGUUUGUGUUGACCUUUGUCUUUCUAACUCUUUCUUCCUCAUGACUUAACCACUCCUCUCUCCUUCUCGGUUGUUUAGUUUUUUUACAGAAAUAAGUCCAUUUCCUCCUGAAGAAAUGAAAGAAACAUGAUAAUCACUCCAUUGACUGUGUGUGUUGUAUACCACCGGGACAAAUUUGGGAAAACGCUGUUAAACAGUUCACAAAUCUUAGCUUUACAACGGUUGAGCUAGUCGAUUCAUUAUAUAUUUAUUAUUCACGGCCCUAAGCACACAGAAUUCUGCAAACACUGACAAGCGUAAAAUCAUUUGCAAUACCAUCUUAGUAGCAUUUCAUAUGUGUGUAUGUGUGUCACAUUUACCCAUGAUCCACUGUUGAUCUUUACUGUAUAUAAUCAGGACUGUAAAUAAGACCUGGAUCUGAUCAUGUUUUCGAUUUCUUACCUCUCUGUCUCUUGCUCUCUGUCACACACACCCAAACACGCACACGUAUGAUUUCAUUCUGGAAUUGUUGAUAAUGCACAUUUGGUUUUGAUUUCUAUAAACAUUCUUGCAAUGGAAAUAAAACUC